AUGCUGCUUGAUUCUGCGCAUCUCUUUAUCACACUCUUCCCAUUCCUCCGCGCAUAUACCAACAACACCGGCAGCAGUCCUUUGGACUUUGCUAAAAGUCCGCCAUUCUACCCAAGUCCCUGGGUAGAGGACACGACCGGCGACUGGGCUGAUGCCAUCACAAAGGCAAAGGCGUUCGUUAGCCAGCUGACCCUUCUCGAGAAGGUCAACCUCACCACCGGAACAGGAUGGCAGAGUGAAGCCUGCGUCGGAAACGUCGGCGCCAUUCCCCGUCUCGGCUUCGACUCUCUCUGCAUGCAAGACAGCCCUCUGGGUAUUCGUUUCGCCGACUAUGUCUCUGCUUUCCCUGCUGGAGGUACCAUUGCUGGAUCGUGGGACCGUGGCGAGUUCUACCGCCGUGGUUACCAGAUGGGUCAGGAGCACCGCGCAAAGGGUGUCGAUGUACAGCUCGGUCCUGUCGUUGGUCCUCUUGGUCGUAACCCCAAGGGUGGACGUAAUUGGGAAGGCUUCUCUCCCGACCCAGUCUUGUCUGGCGUUGCUGUCGCCGACACCGUCCGCGGUAUUCAGGACGCUGGUGUAAUUGCUUGCACCAAGCACUACAUCAUGAACGAGCAGGAGCACUUCCGCCAGCCAGGUAACUUUCAGGAUUUCGGUUUCGUCGAUGCGCUCAGCUCCAACUUGGACGACAAGACUCUGCACGAGCUCUACUUGUGGCCCUUUGCCGAUGCCAUCCGUGCUGGAACCGGCUCCAUCAUGUGCUCUUACAACAAGGUCAACAACUCUCAGGUUUGCCAAAACUCAUACCUCCAAAACUACAUCCUCAAGGGCGAGCUCGGCUUCCAGGGAUUCAUCAUGUCCGAUUGGGAUGCUCAGCACUCUGGUGUUGCCUCCACCCUUGCCGGUAUGGACAUGACCAUGCCCGGUGACACCGAUUUCAACUCCGGCCAGUCGUUCUGGGGACCCAACUUGACCAUCUCCAUCCUCAACGGUACUGUUCCCCAGUGGCGCCUCGACGAUGCGGCUGUCCGUAUCAUGGCUGCCUACUACUACGUCGGCCUUGACGAGUCCAUCCCCGUCAACUUCGACAGCUGGCAGCGUGACACCUACGGAUACGAGCACUACUACGCAAAGUCUGGUUACGGACUAGUCAACCAGCACGUUGACGUCCGCAUGGACCACUUCCGCUCCAUCCGUCGCACUGCUGCCAAGUCGACUGUCUUGCUCAAGAACUCUGGCGCUCUCCCUCUUACCGGAAACGAGAAGUGGACUGCUGUUUUCGGCAACGACGCUGCGGAGAACGAGUACGGCCCCAACGGAUGCGCCGAUCGCGGUUGCGACAACGGAACAUUGGCCAUGGGCUGGGGUUCAGGAACUGCUGACUUCCCUUACUUGGUCACUCCUCUCGAGUCUAUCAAGCGCGAGGUCACUGACAACGGUGGUGUCGUUACUUCCGUUACCGACAACUGGGCUUACGCGCAGAUUCAAGCCAUGGCUAGUCAGGCUGAAGUCGCUAUCGUCUUCGUCAACGCAGACUCUGGUGAAGGUUACAUCACCGUCGACGGUAACGCUGGUGACCGCAACAACCUCACUCUCUGGCAAAACGGCGAAACUUUGAUCCAGAACGUCACUGCGCUGUGCAACAACACCAUUGUUGUCAUCCACUCUGUCGGCCCCGUUCUAGUCAACAGCUUCCAUGACAACGAGAACGUCACUGCCAUUCUCUGGGCUGGUCUUCCCGGCCAAGAGUCUGGUAAUGCCAUCGCCGACAUCCUGUACGGCCGUGAGAACCCCGGUGGCAAGCUUCCCUUCACCUUCGGCAGCUCUGCAGCUGAGUACGGUCCUGACCUCAUCUACGAGCCCACCAACGGCAACGGCAGCCCUCAGGACAAUUUCGAGGAGGGUGUCUUCAUUGACUACCGCGCUUUUGACAAGAACGACAUCACUCCCAUAUACGAGUUCGGUUUCGGUCUCUCCUACACCACCUUUGAGUACUCUGACAUCAAAGUCGAGAAGGGUAACGCCGGCCCAUACGAGCCCACCACUGGUCAGACUAUCGCCGCACCCACUCUUGGCAACUUCAGCAGGGACAUUGAGGAGUACCAGUUCCCCGCGAACACUACGCGCCCGGCUACUUACAUCUUCCCCUACCUCAACUCAACCGACCUUGCUGAGGCGUCGCAAGACCCUGAGUACGGUGUCAACCACACCUGGCCUGCCGGUUACGCCGAUGGGUCACCCCAGGCUCGCAUCCCCGCUGGUGGUGCUCCAGGUGGUAACCCCGCUCUGUGGGACGUCCUGUUCACUGUCGAGGCCACCAUCACCAACAACGGCACUGUCGCUGGUGACGAGGUCGUUCAGGCCUACGUCGCGCUUGGUGGACCUGAGGACCCCAAGGUUCAGCUUCGUGGCUUUGACCGCUUGAGCAUCCAGCCCGGUCAGAGCGCUACCUUCCGCACCGACAUCACCCGCCGUGAUAUCAGCAACUGGGAUGUUGCCGCCCAGAACUGGGUCAUCUCCGAGUACCCCAAGACCGUGUACGUCGGUGCUAGCUCGCGCAAGUUGGUUCUUAGCGCUGAGUUGGACACGAGCGACUACACUUCUUAG